AUGUCCGCUGGCGGCCGGGCGUCGAGCUCCAGCGUCCUCCAAGCUCGGCUAGGCGUGUGGUGCGUGUGGCUUCUUCUCUUGGCCUUGUACUCUGGCCGCACAGCGGCGCAGCAGGUCUCGCCAUCUCCGACCAUCUCUGCUUCCUCCAGCUCAAUACCUCCACCCUCAAGGUCAAGAUCAGCAAUCCCAGGUCGAGCAACGUCGGUGCUCAAUGCAACCGUCAAUGCCGUCGCCCUGAACGAUUCGAUCGUCGCACGAUCGCGUAUCGACGUCAAUGCAACCCAGGGCGCCUUCUUCAACUUCACCUUGCCCGCCAGUGCCUUCUCCGAAGACGUCAAGACGGUGACCGUAUGGACGUCCAUCUCACUCUGCACGGGGCCCGCCAUCCCGCCGUACAACACUUCCAACGCUACCUUGCUCGAGUCGCUGGACAGAUCGGCUACCGAAGCACGCAGAUCAACGCUCGCUUCGCUCUACAUCUCCGACGACGAGCUGUUUCAACAGCCUGGCCCGGCGAAUGCGAGCUCGUUGGAUUCUCGUCACAUUGGCUACGCUCAAGGCGGCUGGACCUCGGUCGAGGUCGAUGUCCAACAGCGCAGCGAGAACAGCUCCGAGACGUUAUGGAUCGGCGUCUGGCCGCCUGCAGAUACGCGCAACACCACCCAGGGCACGUAUCAGUUCCAAGUCGUCGCGAGCACACGCGCAAAGAUGGAGUCGGUCGACUACACCCGGCGACCGCGACUGGACGACACGGAUGCCACGAAUGCGCUCGUCUCAUCGUUCAAUUAUACCACGUCGUCGCCACCAAUGCUCGAUGCGAUCGUGCUGCCGACAUUUGGAGAGUACUCGCUGCCGGACGCCGACUACUUCAACUCGUCGUUCUGCGCCAUCGCCGACGCGUGGGCCGACCUGCUCAACAGCAACCAGCCCUUCUCGAUCAACAGCAGCGCCACACGACGUGGCACCGAAGCCAACGUGCUCAAUGAUACCCGCCUGCAGUUCGAGAUCAGCGGCCUCGACUCGGGCACCAACUACACCUUUUGGCUCGUCGAGAGCACCAACGUCAACAACGACACUGCAGCGCAGAGCUUGACCACCACGCUGUUCCCCGCCAUCAAGAUGCGCACCAAGCGCAGCGACAACUGCAGGCUGGUGUACGACGUGCCCUUUUGUCCCAAUGUGGCGUACUCGAUUCCGGUCAAUCCGUCCAUCUCGACCUCGGAUGCGCUUUCGGCGAUCGAGGCGUUUGUGAGUCCGCAGUACGGCAACUUUAGCAGCAUGAUCGACACGUUCCCGUGCGGCGAUCGGGACUUUGGCAUGUACUCGUACGUGCAGACGUGCGACAAGUGCAAAAAGUCGUACCAGGACUGGCUGUGCGCGGUGGCGAUGCCGCGGUGCACGGAUGCGUUGGCGGAUCCGCAGACGCAGUCGCGCGCCACGCAGGAUAGCCGCAACCUCACGGGCGCGCCCACGGGCACCAACAAGGAUCUGCUGCCGUACAUUGUCAACCGCAACAGCAACGCGACAGGAAGUGUGGCGUUGGCAUCGCGCCAGUCGUUUAUCGACGAGCAGCUGCAGCCGGGCACGUAUGGCGAGCUGUUGCCGUGCAUCUACACGUGCUACUUUGUGGAGCGUACGUGUCCACCCUUGAUCCAGUGGGCGUGUCCGGUGUGGGACAUUACGGCACAGCGCGACUACGGCACGUUUGCCGAUAGCGGGUCGGAAGGGAUUGGCGCCGGAUUCAACGGUGGGGCUGGCAAGGACGGCAUGCGCUGGGGAGGAUACCAGCGCUACAUUGCCACCGACGCAUUCGGCAAUGCCUACUGCAACUCGAUGGGCGUCGACUUUUUGCUGCGCGAGUCCAACUCGGCGCGUCGAAUGAUAGCCUCGUGCAGCGGUGGUGGCGGUUUGUUUGUCGUAUCGCUCGCUGCAUCGUUGGUCGUCGCAUUGUUUGUCUAA